CAAUGAGUUUCAAACAUUUGCAACUGCGUCAUUGUUUAUCAGUUUUUGACCCUUAUCUGAAAAGAACGAAUUGGUUCGCAUCUGCGAUAUGUAAUGAACCGACACCCGUUUUUGGUCGGCAAAGUUGGCAUAAAAAUUUGAGUACUUCGUGCAGUCGUAGUUUAUACGUGCCAAUUGUCGUCGAGCAAUCGGGUAGAGGAGAGCGUGCUUAUGACAUAUACAGUCGCCUAUUGAAGGAGAGAAUUAUUUGCGUAUUUGGAAAUAUAUCAGACGAGGUUUCAAGUGUAGUGGUCGCUCAGAUGUUGUUUUUGCAGGCUGAAGACGCUAGAAAACCUGUGCAUAUGUACAUUAAUAGCCCAGGUGGCGUGGUCACUUCGGGUUUGGCCAUAUACGACACGAUGCAAAUCAUUUCAUGUCCUGUUCACACUUGGUGUAUGGGCCAGGCUGCCUCUAUGGGGUCUCUACUCCUCACAGCUGGCGAAAAGGGGCAGAGGAGGGCCCUGCCCAAUGCCAGGGUGAUGGUGCACCAGCCACACGGGGGAGCCAGAGGACAGGCGAGUGAUAUCCAGAUUCAGGCGGAAGAAAUAGUGAAAUUAAAGAAACAACUCUACAAUUUGUACGUGAAACAUACUAGCAUGAGUUAUGAGGAGAUAGAGAGAAUGAUGGACAGGGACAGAUUCCUCUCCCCGCAUGAGGCGGUCAAUUGUGGACUCAUUGAUCAAGUUGAAGGAGAAGGAGGUAGUACAAGCUCAACAGAUGGAGGAACAAGUGGACCGUCUACUACUAAUGAUAGCAGUGGUAGUCAGAAUGGAAACAAAUGAACAAAAAGACUUAACAACGAGUGAUCUUUAUGUGUUACAAACUCUUGUUUUUGUUUUUAAAUCAGACAAUGUAAUACGCGAAACUGUAGUUAAAACCAUUAAAUUGAACUUU